GAGAGCUCAUGGCUGUCCCCUGGCCAGGACACACGCAGACGCACACAGUGAAGAAACAGAGUGAGAACGUCUCCUUACCUGCGAUGGGAAUCUAACUACCUGCUCAUUCUGUGUACCUGUCUGAAAGCUUUGUCAAGUCGGAUCAUGGAAACCGUUUCAGUCUUUAAGAUCCUCCUUCUGCUGGUUCCUGUCACCCUAAGUUACGGGAUACAGAGAGCUCCUCGUAUCAUCACCUUAUUAGAGACAGUGGAUAUACUGCUGGAUCACAAUGCAACCUUCAUCUGUGAGGUUGAGUCCCGUCCCCCCGCUGAGAUCACCUGGACCAAGAAUAACCACCCAAUAAUGUACUACGACCCCCGGUACAUAACCAGGGAGCAGGGACAAAUGCUAACCAUCCCUCACGUAAGAGAGUCAGACAAUGGAGAGUACUGCUGCCUCGCCAGUAAUGGCAUCGGAGAGGCAGCCAAAAGCUGUGGGGCACUGCAGCUAAAGAUGAAGCCGCAGAUCAAACGCCAUCCGACUAAUGUAACCCUUCUGGUGGAAUCUAAAGCAGUGUUGCCCUGUGUUACCCUCGGCAACCCCAAACCGGAAGUCACCUGGCUCAAAGAUGACGAACUCAUCAAGAUCAGUGACCGCGUCACUAUUCUUGACUAUGGUGCAUUGAAGAUCCACAACAUACAGAAGGAAGAUGCAGGACAGUAUCGCUGUGUGGCCAGGAAUAGCUUUGGUUUGGCCUUUUCAAAGCCUGUCACCAUAGAGGUACAGGCUCCGGCACGAAUCCUGCGGGUUCCUAAAGAGAAGAGAGUAGCAUACGGGAGCCAGAUUUCCCUGGAGUGUAACGCCACAGGAAAUCCGAUCCCCACAAUCACCUGGCUGGAGAAUGGAAAUACUAUCUCAGGCGCAUCCGUCGAAGAGACUUUGACAGGUGAAGUGAUCCUGUCCGUUCUCAAAGUGACGGUGAAUAAGCCGGCUCUGUAUACCUGUCUGGCCUCCAACAAGCACAGUGCUGGAGCCAACACAGUCAAGGCAACUGCUAAAGUCACUGUCGCAGAGUGGAGACUCUACAAGGGCGUCUCAGGCUACUGCAGUGCGUAUCGUGGAGACGUGUGCCGCACCAUUCUGAGAGAUGACUUGCUGGUUUUCUUUAACUCCUCCCUGUCGGACCCCGAGGACAUGCAGGAGUACCUGGUUCAGAGCUGGUGGACGGAGCUGGAAGGACUCAGUGUGUUGUGUAGCCCCGCGGUGCGCUCACUGCUCUGCCACUCCUCCUUCCCUGACUGCAACCCAUCAGGGUUAGGACCGGCCCCUAAACCUGUCUGCAGAGAACACUGCCUGGCGGUGAAAGAGCUGUACUGCCAUAAGGAGUGGUUGGUGCUGGAGAGCAGCAGUUCAGUCCAGCCUGACAUCUUCAGCUCUGUCACUGGGUCACACACUCCCACUUCACUGCUGCCAAACUGUCAGGCCUUACCGAGCCUUCACACAGACCCUGAUGCUUGUACACAUGUCCCCUUUGUAGACAUCAAGCAAGAUCAGAUUACAACGACAUGUUACAAUGACAGAGGCCGUUUCUAUCAAGGCAGCGUGAAUGUGACAAGGUCUGGGAUACCGUGUCAGUCAUGGAACCAACAGGUUCCCCACCAGCACCGCUUGUCUGUAGACGUGAUUCCAGAGUUGAAGAACUCAGACAACUACUGUAGGAACCCGGGAGGAAUCAGCGACAAGCCCUGGUGUUACACCUCAAAUCCCAACAUACGCUGGGAGUACUGCGCUGUGCCGCAGUGUGGGGAGAUGGGCUUAGCAUCAGUGAUGAGGACAGAGUUACCAGGCCCUCGUCAAACUCCUCGUCUCCCUCCCACGACCACAGUAUCGUCUCCAGCCUACUCCAUGUCCGUCAUCAUCGUCAUCCUGUCUGCCCUUGCAGCUGUAGUCUUCCUCACCAUCAGUAUCCUGGCCUGCCGCAGACGCAGGAAGCAGUGGAGAAACCGGAAGAGAGCGAUGGAGACGCCAACGCUAAGUGCUCUUCCAUCAGAGCUCCUGCUGGAUCGCCUCCACCCGAACCCCAUGUACCAGCGGGUUCCUCUGCUGCUCAACUCAAAGCUGCUGGCCUUGGAGUAUCCCCGAAAUAAUAUCCAAUAUGUUAGAGAUAUUGGAGAGGGAGCCUUCGGACGGGUUUUCCAAGCCAGAGCACCUGGCCUGCUGCCAAUGGAGUCCUUCACGAUGGUGGCUGUGAAGAUGCUGAAGGAGGAAGCCUCAGCUGACAUGCAGAAUGACUUCCAGAGAGAGGCAGCACUGAUGGCUCAGUUUGACCACCCAAACAUUGUGCGGCUCCUAGGUGUGUGUGCAGUGGGUAAACCCAUGUGUCUGAUGUUCGAGUACAUGGCCCACGGCGACCUCAAUGAGUUCCUGCGCCGCCGAUCUCCAAACCAGUCCGUCCGCACCCUCAGCCGCGCCAGCCUGUCGGGUCGCAGUUUUUCCUCUGAGCUGGAGGCGAGGAUUCUCUGCUGUGCUGAGCAGCUGUCAGUCUCCAAGCAGAUCGCCGCAGGGAUGGCCUACCUGUCGGAGCGCAAGUUCGUCCACCGUGACCUCGCAACCCGGAACUGCCUGGUCGGGGAGGAGAUGGUGGUGAAGAUCGCAGACUUCGGCCUCUCCAGAAACAUCUACUCAGCCGAUUACUACAAAGCCAACGAGAACGACGCCAUCCCCAUUCGCUGGAUGCCCCCAGAGUCCAUUUUCUAUAACCGCUACACCACUGAAUCGGACGUGUGGGCGUAUGGCGUGGUGUUGUGGGAGAUUUUCUCCCACGGGAUGCAGCCGUACUACGGUAUGGGUCACGAGGAGGUUAUUUACUAUGUGAGGGAUGGUCAGAUCCUCUCCUGUCCUGAGAACUGUCCUCUGGAGCUGUACAAUCUGAUGAGGCUUUGUUGGAGCACACACCCAUCAGAUAGGCCCAGCUUCAGUAGUAUACAUCGGAUACUAGAGCGGAUGCAUCAAAGCACGCUAAGCACGAAUGCUGAAACUGAGGCUGACUGCUAAACUGGGAACUUUUACAAAGAAAUGUUUGCCCCUGUGCAAAAACAAAACCCACUGACUUCUGCCAUAUUUUAGUAAUGUUCACAUUGCUUACUUAUUUAGUUAAGGAAUUGUUUUUAAAGGGACAGUUCGCCUCAAAUUCAGAAAUACAUAUUUUUCCUUUUACCUGUAGUGCUGUUUAUCAGUCUAGAUUGUUUUGGUGGAGAAAUUGAACAUAGAGAUGUCCACCUUGUCUCCAAUAUAAUGGAACUAGAUGGCACUCAGCUGCAUCCCGUGUGGUGAUGUGGUUGGUGGGUGCAGUUUGGUAGAAAGAAAACAGUUCCUACAUGAAACUGCUCACAUCAAGAUCUGUGGAUCAUCUUAAGUACGAUACGAUAUUUGCCGAUAUGACAAAGUCUGCCACGAUAUGAUUUCGAUGCGAUUGAAGGGCCUGCAGUCGAUAUAAGACGAUAAUGUAUGCCUACAUAACACAGUCAGUUAGAGAAGAAGCUGCCACCCCUUUCUGUCAGAAAGUCUUGUACGGAAGAAAUCCUUUCAUUUUAAUGCAAACCAUCAUCUUUUUCCUAAAAUUUCAGGGCUUAUCGGGCUUAAAAUCCCAAAGGCAAACUUCUCCUAACAGCCAUAAAACAUGGAUUUACAACAACAUCAUUUAACAAAAGUAUCAAAUGCAGUUCAUUUAUAGCUGUUUAGGUUCAUUUGCUCAAGCAUGUUAACACUGCAUAAAUUAGCCUAGCAGCUAGCAGACUUUUUUCCCUCUACUCACAGCUCACUGUCGGUAAAAGUCACUGCAUCUCCCGACAGAGCAGCACGGUUGAAUUUUAACCUGUACGCAUGUUUUUUUUAGCCGAACAUUCUACAUAGUGAGACGUUAGCAGACUGAGAUGCCCGGCAAGGUGGGUAACAUUAUGUCGUGUUUAAUCUCGUAACAGCAUUGUUUACAUACACCAUGUGCUUUGUCUGUUGACUUGUAGUUUUACCAGAAUCUUAAAUAUUUCCACUCUGCUGAAUUAUUCCCGAGUAAAUAAUGUUAUCUUUAUCGUCUCUCUAGGCUGCUUGCCAUCUGCCUGCCGCUGUUUGAUGGUGACAUAGACUUUCAAAAUAAAAGCGUAUAGUUCUCGAGGUUCUCAUUUUGCAUCGAUGAUCAUUGAAUCGAUAUAUCGAUCAAGAUCCGAAGGGUCAUUACAUGUCCAUCUUGGCUGUCUCUUCUCAUUUUAUGCCGUGGUUACUACCUCCACUGUCAGCUCAAAGGCGAGACAAGUCUGUCCUUCAUCCCCCUGUUCUGUGAAUGUACCUUUUUUUUUUUUUUUAAAGAUUAUUUUUUCGGGCUUUUUUGCCUUCACUGUACAGGAUAGAGUGAAAUGAGGUGAGAGAGAGAGCUGGGGGGUGACAUGCAGAAAUGGUCGCAAGCCAGAGUUGAACCUGUGACCGCUGCAGCCUUUAUACAUGGGGCACCGGCACUAUCUACUACGCUACGGACGCCCCGUGAAUGUACCUUUUCUACAAAACAGAUAGGCUUGAUAACAGCAUAAAAUUCCCGCUUUUAAGAGGCAGUGUAAAAGAGGCAAAUGUUCACGAGUAGAAACACGCUUCCUUCUGCACACUCCUACGGUUGGCAGUUGUAGCUCAGUAUAAAUAGUUCCUUCAUGAAACUGCUCACAACAAGGUCUUUGGAUCCUCUUGAGUAACUGGGUCAUGAUUUCUGGAAAGAGACAUUGAUGUUGAAUUUUUCAAAUAUCUAAUUCCAUUGUAUCUGAGAGAAGGCAGACAUCUCUACGGCUGAUAUCUCCAACACUUGGUAACUCACACCAAAACCAUCUAGACUGAAAAAUAGCUCUACAGGUAAGAGAGAAAAAUAUGUAUUUUUGGUUUUGGGGUGAACUGUGCCUUUAAGGAACAUUGUAGUGUUUUCAGACUCGCCUCUAUGGUCACUUCUGAUCAUUUACCAGCACAUAUCCAUCAGACAGCUCUGCUUUAUUAAUGAGAAAUAUUAAAUGCAUGUAUAGACAGACUGUAAACUUGACCCCUGACCCUAGAGCCUUAACCUUUGAAGACUUGAAGCCACGCAGAUACACCCGUUACGCUUCAUCCACUGCAUGUAAUUUACCUUUUCUUCAUUUUGAGCUGUUAACCUGCUACAGACAGUCUGACUAUUAAACCUUAUGGCAGGAAAGAGAAUGGGAAACGACAGUAAACGCUUCAUAGUGAACGCCUUUCUUGUUAUUGUCACCUCUAGCAAAUUCCACAGUGGCACACAAUCACUUUAAACCAUUGCUGUUGAUUGUUUUUAUAGUUAAAGUUGCUAUUCCACUUUUGGGCAUUCUUGUUUUACUGUUUUUUUGGUCGUUGUGUUGUUGAUCUUUGUCUUUCUUUGUUAAUUUUACCUUGUGACGGUGUUCGACACACAGAGUUUGAAAUAAGGAGUAAAUUAUUGAAGCAUUGGUAAAAUUAGUUUGAAGUUUAUUAAUGAAUUCCUCCAACUUGCGUCAUCAUCGGCCAUAAGUCUCACACUGAAGCACAGACGCAGAUUUGCUUAAUUAUAUUUUUGCAGAAACUCAUUAACUAAUGGCUUAAAAUAGACUCUUGCGUAAAUGAAGAAUGGGCAAAAUGUUCCUGAUGUUCAAAAAUACCCUCGUUCUGAGGGAGUAAAUCUUUUAUUACUUCUCACAAAGAUAGAAACUCUCUCUUGCAGAUCAAUCUCUGCUCUCUGGUCUCAUUUCAGCCGAGUUAAAUCCAAUUAGAGUCACAUUAUUACACAAUCUUGGCACAGUAUUACCAACGUGUCUUGUGUCAACAGCGUUCUUUGAAAACAGUUUUUUUAGUGUGCUCAUUUAUUUAAAAGAUUAAUAUCAAAUGACAGAAAAAUGUUUGUCUUGUCAGCUGGAGAUGCUUUUCAGACGAAUGACAUGUUUUAUUUAUUUCUUAAAUGUGGUGUGAUGUUAUGUUUUUGUUAUUUGUUCUAUAACUAGGAGGCCUCCGCCAAGGACAAUUGCCCUAUUUCUCAAUGUUAAUGACAGCGACAAAUAAUUUGUGACUCUGAGCCGCUCCAGCAUUCAAUGGGUGGCUCGUGCUACACCCUUCCACCAAGUUUCACAAAAAUCCGGCCAGUAGUUUUUCUAAAAUCCUGCUGACACACAAACAAGCCUCCUUGGCGGGGGGGUAAUGAUGCUGGUUUGUAAAGUAUUAUAUUUUUAUUGCUUGCAAAUAAACUUAAUAUUUA